CAAAUACUAUAUAAUUGUGCAAAUAUUUGAGACAGAAUCCAACCCAUUUGAAUUCCGCUGUCCUUUCUUUUUGGUCUGAUUGAGGGGGACGCUACAGCAUAAAGAAAUGGCCGCCGCCACACAAGAAGAGCCGGCAAACGAGCUCCGGGCUCUACUUCUCAUCCAGCGUCUGCCUCACUUCAAGCUCUCCUCAUUCCCAUUUCUUCAAACCCGAUACCGUAUUCUCGACCCGCUAAACGAAUCCGACCCAUCGUUCACGGCCCUCUCAAAAUCAGCUCGCAUCAUGCUCUGCGUCGGGAUCUCGCCGGUUACAUCUUACACCUUGGAUCGGUAUCCUGCGCUGGAGUGCAUCGUCGGCUCCACUACCGGCUACGACCACAUCGACGUCUCCGAGUGCCACCGCCGAGGCAUUCGCGUCACCGGCGCCGGAGACACGUUUUCCGAUGACGUUGCGGAAUUUGCCGUUGGGCUUUUGAUUGAUGUCCUGCGUCGGGUUACUGUCGCCGAUAGCUUUAUCCGGUCCGGCUCCUGGCGUGGGAAGACAAAUUUUCCUCUCGGUUCCAAGGUAGGUGGGAAACGAGUCGGGAUAGUCGGUCUAGGAAGCAUUGGCUUAAGGGUGAGUAAAAGACUUCAUGCCCUGGGAUGCACCAUUGCUUACACCUCCAAGAGUAUGAAACCAAAUGUGCCCUAUUCCUUCUAUGAGAACAUAACUGAUCUUGCUGCUGAAUGUGAUGUCUUGAUCCCAUGUUGUACCUUAACUCAUGAAACCAGGCACAUUAUUGAUAAGAAGAUCAUGCUGGCCCUCGGAAAGAAUGGCGUUAUCAUAAACGUUGGCCGUGGGGGGCUCAUAGAUGAAAAGGAAAUGGUCAGUUUCUUGGUGAGAGGUGAGCUUGGAGGAGCGGGUCUUGAUGUUUAUGAAAAUGAACCAAAUGUGCCGAAGGAGCUAUUCGGGUUGGACAACGUUGUGUUGUCUUCCCAUGUGUCCUUUGCAACUCAGGAGGCGAUGACUUCACUCCAAACGUUGGUUGCCACCAACAUUGAUUCAUUCUUUUCAAAUGAGCCCUUGCUUGCAGAAGUUAAUUAUCCGAGUUGAAGGAAUUUAAAAGAUGAAAAGACAUUAUUGUUUGUAGACAUUCUCAGAGAGACAAUAAUUCUGUGUCAAACUCGUUCAUGGACUAUUAUGUUGGCAAUUUUUUCUAUCUAAAAACAAUAAUACUUUUCAGUUUUCACAUAUAUGAAGUAUUAGUUUGUACUAUCAUUUUCAUUUUCAUUUUCAUUUACCCCAUUGCCGCAAAGGCUCUCACCUACGGUAGGUAAUUUGUGACAUGCUUCGUAUAUUUCUUGUCGGUGACAUUGGAUUGGUGACAUUGAUUCUUUAUAUGAGCAUUAUUUGAUCAUUAUUGAUGGUUU